UAAGCCGUAAUGAACAACACCACGUUAAAUACGGAUUUCUCGGACAUACAUUACAAACAUGUUGUAUUUGUUCUCGACGCUCUUCUAAUGCUUCCGACCAUAUUUGGAAACAGCUUAAUUCUAUACUGUGUUUUGACAUAUCCGAACCUGAAAAGAAAGAUUUAUGGCUUAAUAGCAAAUUUAGCUUUAGCAGAUUUGCUGAUUGGAUCAAUAUUAUUUCCAUAUGAAAUGGCAGCCAUAUUAAUUCCAAGCUUAGAUCGUCGAAAGUAUUUGUGCAUAUUCAAACAUUCGCUUUUUACAACCUUAAUCGGUGCGUCAGAGAUGAACCUCUUUUUGAUAUCAAUGGAUAGAUACUUCUCAGUUUUACACCCUCUGAAAUACCAUACUUCCUUUACAACCGGAAGACUCAAGCGGUACUGUGCCAUUGGUUGGACAAUAACAAUUAUUUUGGGAAUAUUGCCGUUUUUCGGUUGGAACACUUGGGAAUUGGAAACACCUUGCACGACAAAGUUUGUCCAUUCUCCUGGUUAUACCACAUUGAUUCUAACUUUUUACAUACUACUUAUAAUAAUUGCUAUGGCAUUGUAUAUAUUAGUUGCCAAAAAAGUGUUCAAGCAUCUACAUUCAGAGGGUUGUGUCAAAUCUAAUGAUAUUAAUUAUUUGAGGUCAACAUCUAAGUUUACCAAAAACAUUGUGAAGACUGAGAUUAUGAUCGUGGUUCUUGGAGUGUUUGCAUUGUGCUGGAGCCCGUAUUGUGUCUUAGUGAUUUUACAAACGUAUUUUAUAGCUCCUAAUGAUAACUUAGAAAGAGUUGAAAAAUAUUUAUUGCUUCUCGGCCAAGCUAACUGUGGUUUAAAUUGGAUGAUUUACGGAAUAAAGAAUAAAACAAUGAGAAACGCGUUCAGACGUACGCUUUGUCAUCGCUUUCCUAGAAAAUUGUCUAUGAGAAGAAGUUAUGAAUCUAAUAGGUCCACCAAUGCAUUAUCAAUUCAGGAAUCGUCUAACAUAGAUGUUUCCAAAUUGUAAAAUCAAAGUUAGUUUAUUUUCUGCUUCUUUAGAUUUAGGAAAUAUUGAACUGAAUACUAGUAGCUAGCUUGUUAUGUAUGUAUAUAUUCUUGUUUGUAAGUACAUUGUAGGUAAAGCUGUAAAUUCAGUGUUUUAUUUAUCUGUAGUUAACAUGAUUCAAACAUUCCCCUUCUGAAAAGCAUUUAAAAGCCUACUACGAUCAUUAUAUAAUUGUU